AUGUCUACUCAGCUCAACAGAACUAGGACUGCCCCGGAUAAUCGGCCACAACCACGACCGCCCUCUCAAGGCAGAGAUCCUUUAAGACGAGCCAGGUCGACUCCAGAAAAUGACGCACAUCAACUAUACUCACCCCAAUUCAUGGAUGACCACGGUGCUCACCACUACCACCACGGCGUAAUCCGAGAUGAUCUGAGUGUUGCGUCAACCGCGCCAGACGAGGAUGAGGACGACACUACGAGUAGCGGUGAGUCGGUAGAGGAAGUACGAUUUGGUGUGAGAAACACGAGGGAUACUCAGGAUGUCGAAGCGAACCUGCCCGGAUUAAGCAAGGAAAAGUCUGCCAAAUCAAUCAAAGAUCCCAAUUUGGUUACUUGGGAGGGCGCCGAAGACCCAGAGAAUCCCAAGAACUGGAGUUACAAGAAGAAAUGGGCUGCGACUCUGAUCGUGUCGUCUUUCACCUUUAUAUCUCCAGUAUCGUCGUCGAUGGUCUCCCCAGCCCUGAACAAGAUCGGACAAGAUCUGGGUGUCCACUCCGAAAUUGAAAAGUCAUUGAUGCUGUCCAUCUUCGUCCUGGCCUACGCCAUCGGGCCACUGUUUCUGGGACCAUUGUCAGAAAUCUACGGCCGCGUGAUUGUAUUGCAGCUGUCCAACCUUUUCUUCCUCGCCUUCAACAUUGGUUGUGGAUUCGCCCAGACGAAAGGCCAACUUAUUGCGUUUCGAUUCAUGAGUGGUCUGGGAGGUUCUGCACCCUUGGCACUCGGUGGUGGAGUCUUGAGUGACUGCUGGCGAGCAGAGGAACGAGGAAAAUCCAUCAGCAUCUACUCUCUGGCUCCUCUGCUCGGGCCUGCAGUGGGGCCUGUGGCAGGAGGGUUCAUUGCAUUGAAGACAACAUGGCGAUGGUGCUUCUGGUCCACUUCAAUUGUCGACGCUGGCAUCCAGGGAUUGGGUCUUCUUUACCUUCGAGAAACAUACGCACCAAAAUUACUUGCGGACAAGGCCAGAAAACUCCGACAACAAACUGGGAAUCCAGACUUGCACACUGAAUGGGAGCACCCUGAUAGGACACUUGCCAAGGUUCUGAGGACGAGCCUGGUCCGUCCGUUUCGCCUUCUGGGGACCCAAGUGAUCAUUCAAGUCCUAGCGAUAUAUAUGGCUUACCUCUACGGCCUCAUGUACCUCGUCCUCGCAACCUUCCCCACCGUCUGGACCGAAGUGUACCACGAACAAACGGGCAUCGGCGGCCUGAACUACAUAUCGCUCGGGCUUGGUUUCUUCCUAGGCACACAGAUCUGCGCACCGAUCAACGACCGCAUUUACCGCAGACUGAAACUGCGCAACAACAACGUCGGCAAACCCGAGUUCCGCGUACCCCUCAUGCUACCCGGCGCCGUCCUCGUACCCAUCGGCCUGUUCCUCUACGGAUGGUCGAGCUACGAACGCACGCACUGGAUCGUGCCCAACGUCGGCGCCUGCAUCUUCGCUGCAGGCACGAUAAUGGGGUUUCAAUGUACCCAGACGUACAUAGUCGACGCGUAUUCGAGAUUCGCCGCUUCGGCUGUGGCCUCGGCCGUUGUAUUACGGAGUUUGGCUGGGUUUGGAUUCCCACUCUUUGCACCGUACAUGUAUUCGGCUCUCGGCUUGAAUUGGGGAAAUUCAAUGCUUGGCUUCAUCGCGAUCGUCCUGGGCAUACCCGCGCCAAUCCUCCUGUGGAAAUUCGGACAAACGUUACGUGAGAAGAGUACUUACGCCGCAGGCUGA